AUGGUGGAUACAGGUGAAGAUGUUGCGACAAUUUUCGAGGACCUUGGGGACCUAGAGAGGGACUUCGCAAACGUCGAGCUCGAUGCUCUUCGACGCAAGGAGUUUGCAUUGAAGUCUUUGUACUCGAAGCGCAAAGCCCUGCUUGACAGAGUGCCCAAUUUCUGGUCUACUGUCUUCGGAAAUGCCCCCGAAGAGGUCCAGCAGUUCUUCUCGCCUCCAGACCUCGCCCUGAUCUCGUCCAUCACUUCCUUCUCCGUCGACCGAUACCAGAUCGAACAGGAGUUGAAAGGCGAGCCCCGCAGUCUGCGCUUCACUUUCGAGUUCGCACCGAACGACAUCAUCGAGGAUACUAAGUUGGUCAAAGAGUUUGAAUAUAAGCCUCGUGCAGACGGACCCGGCAAUCUGAUAUCCAAGCCCGUGCCCAUAAAGUUCAAGAGCAAGAAGAAGGACGUUACCCAUGGUCUGCUAGACGCCGCGGUCGAGCUCUACUCGGCCGAGGAGGCUCUGAAGUUGAAAAACGGUGACUCGAAGAUUGAUAUCGUUGACCGAGAGGCUCUUUGGCAACACGAGAAGCUGCGGGAGAAGAUGAUCAAACUCGAUGAGGAGUCCGAACAAGAACCGAGCUUUUUCAACUGGUUUGGUUUCCGAGGCGCAGUCAACACCAAUGCUGAGCGAGAAGCCAAGCUAUCCACUGCGAAUGGGACAAGCAGCCCCGACGAAGAAGACGAAGACGACGAAGACGAGAUCGAUCAGAUGCUGGAGGUGGAGAUCUUCCCAGCGGGCGAAGAGGUUGCCAUCACCCUUGCUGAAGACUUGUGGACGGAUGCUAUGGAUUAUUUCAUGUCCGCGCAAGAUGAGGCUUCAUUCGAGGCGAGUGCUUUCGAUAUUGACGAAGAUGAUGGGGUGUCGGAUGACGCCGACGAAGCCCCAGAGCUGGUUCCUGCGGAAGAAGAGCGUCCGCGGAAAAAACAGCGUAAGACAUGA